AUGGGGAGUACUGCAAAAGGACUCAUCUCUGGAUUUAUAUGCAGGUUAUGUUCAAAAAUGAACAGAUAUGUUAUUUUAAUAUAUAGUGAAGAAGGAGAAAGAAUGGGUUUGGCAGAAAAAAUUAAUUUGCAUUUGCCUAUAACUGUAACGAAAAAUGAUCCACUACCGAAAACUGUUUGCCUAAAUUGUAUCAACAGACUUGAAAAACAUUCACAAAUGAUUCAAAUGAUUACUAGGGCAGAAACUAAAUUUGACAUUUACAAAGAAGAAUUGUCAAAUAAUGGUUCUCAAAGAUGUAUUGAUGGCAAUGAAAGAAACCUAUAUGAAAAUAAUGACAGUGAUAGUGAUAAUUGA